CCAUAUCAACAGGGUGUUAUUUGUGUCAGUCUCGCAAUCGGCCUCACGACACACUCCUUCCUGUUUGAUACUUCUAUCAGUGAAGGUGACGGUGUUCACUUUGGUUGGUGUACAUAGAUCCUACAUAUUCCUUAAAUGUCCUUUAUUGUUGUUCUUCACUUGUAAACAGAACAUGAUCAUUCUUAGACUGGCAGCAAUUGGUUUCGUGCUCUCCAGAUGCUAUGUCGAUUCAGCGUCCGGAUCCAGUGUAGGGACUGACUUUACUAUGGCGUUCUUCCCCUACGCCUCCCAGAACGUCACUUCCCCAUCAGCAGCCACAUCCACAUCGCCUCGACUAAGUCCGGCUACUGCAACAUCGAAUAUGCCGCUGAUCCAUUUACAAGGUCAGUCAGGUAUGUGAAGGUCAAGGGUCAACAGACAACGAAGGUCGCCAUUCCAGUUUCUGCACGAGUAUCGCUUGGGGCCGACAGGGAAUUCAGUGCAAUCCGGAUUUCUUGCUCAGUUCCGGUGUCUGCGUACGCAUCCUAUAGUUCUUCCGGUUUUUUGUCAAGCGCCAUGUUGGUUCUUCCCAUAUCAAGCCUAUCCACGGCGUAUUACGUCCCUGGGUUUCCUGGCAACGGUUUUGUUGGAAUAAUCGCAACGUCUGAUGACACCAAGGUUCAUAUUAAAUUGCAAUCCAUCACGGGGUUCAUGUAUGGGAACGUAGCGAAAGUUUCAGGGGAUUACAUUGAUGAGACUCUUUCAGAAAACGAGGUUCUGUACCUAUAUUCAUCGUUAAGCGAUUUCGGAGGAACCACCGUCAAUUCAAACCAACCAGUCGCCGUGUUCUCUGGAUCCAAUCAAAUCAAAGAUGGCGGUUACGUUUUGAGCGACGAAUUCAGCUCCGUACAAGCACUUCCUUUGCAUAUGUGGGGAACAGACUUCAUCGUCAAGGAACCAGUCAGAUCAACCUACACCAGACGAUUUACCAGGAUCCUGGCAGCAACGAAUUUAACAAUCGUAAAUAAGAUAAGCAGAGGAUUCACGCAAGCUGUUUUCACAGGCCUUGGUCCAGGGAAGUAUAUAGAAGACGAGCUGAAUUCAACCGACAAGACGGUCUAUUUUAGCUCCAGCCCUAUAUCUGUGACCGUUAUAGCGUAUGGCCCGAACGGAGCUUCGUACAUCCCUGUUCCGUGUCUAACGCUCUACCAGACAGACGCGCUUGUCCCGAAGUUUGACACCACACAUGCGGACGUAUUUGUUACGACGGAAACGAAAAAAUUGGGAGGCAUGCAGAUAAAUAGCAACAAUUCUGUAGUUCCAAAAUGGGCCAACUUGUCAUCCGAGGUCUUGCCAUACUCUGUUACCGUAAUGCCACUGUCGAUGACGUCAUCGAUGCAUCUCCAGCAGACAUCUAAGAACGGGGACUUCUCGGCGCAGGUUUUCGGUUUCACAGCUAACAAAAGGGAGUUCGAGGUCAAUGUUGGGUAUGGGGUCUACACCUCAUCUCCGGGCCUACCAGGUAUCGAAUACAAUCGAGUUCAUCUGGCCUGUGACCGUGACAGAUGGGAGAUAACUCUCAAUGCUACAGCAUUCAGUGGCAGCCAGGCGUACAGUGCUAUUUUCAGCAACGUGACGCUGGGUGGAGCUCCGUCCUGCACUGGGGUUCUGCAAGGUGACCGCUUGGUACUCAACGCUUCUCUUCGGGACUGCCAUACUAAAACAGAGACCGUCGAGGGUCAGACCAUGUACAAGAACACAUUGACGUUUAAUCAGGGCUGGCACUAUAACGUCAUCUGUUCCCUUACAACCACAAACAUGUCUGCCACACAACCCCAGGUCGCCAACGUCAUCGACGUUCGUCAAGGCAACAUCCCCACCGUUGUUCAGAUGAAGUUGUUCAGCGACUACUACUUCCAACACGAGAUUCUAGGCGACUUGAAGAUAGUGGGUGGAAGAACGGUGUACCUGGAAGUGUCCAUACCGUCGGACAUGGGUCUGAGCAUCGUGGUCGAGGACUGUUACACAUUUGACCGCCCUGACUCGACCAUACCGUUGAGGCACUUGAUCAGAAAUAGAUGCGUCAACGACAGGUCAGUAGGUAUCCUGUCCACCAGUGCCUACGGGCGACGGUUCAGUUUCGCUGCCUCCAGCACCACCAUGGAGUACGUCAGCUGUGACGUACGAUUCUGCAAGACAAAUGACCUCAGUGAACUUUGUCAGCCGAAGUGUCAGUUUUACAUGGGGGGCCCGGGCAUUGGCAGAUAAACAGGACUGGUGAAUUCUUUGAUUGGCAUUCUAGUGAAGGUCAUUGGUGCAGUGGAGGUCAGGUAUUCGGAGGUUCAGGCGGGAAUUGUUGUAAACGACUUGUUGGGACAAUACGACUUAGUUCCUAUAUUUAUCAGGAGCAAAUAUUUAUAAGGUUUCAAGGUACUGGAAGAUGUGCUCAUUCUGGAAACGUAUAGUCCUCAUAUAUACGGGGAUUGCUAGCAUGUAAAAGAGACUUGAAGCAAAGUAAAACGCCUUCUGGUACACAUAUUAAAAAACAAUUUACAUUUUCCUUUUUAAAUCCUUUUUAAAUCGAAAAGGCAUGCCCAAAUACAUAGAUGUAUUUAGCAUGAAUAAAAACAAAUCUUUUGAAAACUUUACGAAGACUUUAAGCGAUAUAUUUCAGAUAGAGAAAUCAAUUCCACUCAAAACAAUACAGCAUACAGAUACAUAGAAAACGGGGAAAAGUGACAAAUGACCUGUCCAUUAGCACAUGAACAAUUCUCAGUACCGUGGGAUAGAAAUCUAACGUCAUAUUUAGUUUCGUAAGAGUCUUAUGGCGGAUGUUUGUAGUUUUACGCCGGACUCAGCAAUAGUCCAGCUAUAUGGUGGCGUCUGUAAAUAAUCGAGUCUGGACCAGACAAUCCAGUGAUCAACAUCAUGGGUAUCGAUCUACGCAAUUGUGAAACUUGACGGGCGUGGCCUGUUCGUGUCCUAUUGAUAUGAUAUUGAUAUUGAUAUACCGAGGAUAUUGUGCUAUGUGUUGUGGACCCGUGCAGAUCCGGGGUAGAAUAGGUCUUCAGUAACCCAUGCUUGCCACAAAAGGCGACUAUGAUUGUCAUAAGAGACGACUUACGGGAUCGGGUGGUCAGGCUCGCUGACUUGGGU